UUUUUAUGCCAAGAACGGCCAAGAUUUAAAAGAGUAUCAUUUGCGCCAUAAUGGCAAUAAUAUUAAUAAGUGAAAAUUUUCUUCAGUAAAAGUAUAUAAAUGAGUCAUUCUUUCCUCUGAAAAAUCAAGUGCGAAAAAAAAUUAUUUUUUUUUUAAAAAAAAAAAGUAGUUCAAUAAUAAUAAAUUAAUCACACUAAAAAAAUUAUGUAUAAACAAAUGAUUAGUAAAUCAAACAUAUUGCUAAUUUUAACGAGCUUAUUCGGAAUAUUAUUUCCAUUAAGUAUUAAUGCUCAGAAUAAUGAUCCCACUUUUGGAAUAGGAGAACAAAAUGGGAAUCUAACACCACAUGCAAUUGUUACUGGUGUUAUUUUAAUUGUUACUGGUAUAAUUUUCUGUUUUUUUGGCAGGAGAGUUUAUCGGCUUACAUUGUUCUUGAUCGGAUUUUACGUUGGCACAAUAAUCGCUUGGGUUGCCAUCUCUAAUGCAGGAGGAUUCAAUGGCACAGCAAGUCAAACUAUCCUUCUCGUAGUUUCGCUCGCAAUUGGUUUCGUUGUUGGUUUAAUUUUCAUGUGUUGUGCAACACUAGCAGUCUGGCUUUUAGGUGCACUCGCCGGUUAUACCUUCGCGCUAUUCAUUUUAUCAUGGAGAUCUGAUGGUUUAAUUCAUAACAAUGCUGGAAGAAUUGUAUUUAUUGUAGCACUAACAAUACUUGGUCUGUUAUUGGCUUGUUUCUUCAAGAAUACUCUUAUCAUAUUAGCAACAGCAUUUAUUGGUGCUUAUGCUAUAAUUUUGGGUAUUGAUUUAUUCGCAAGAACCGGUUUUGCUCAAUCUGUUAGAGCGUUCUUGGAUAAAAAUAAUGAUACUCCUUAUACUACAAAUACAAAGAUUUAUCUUAUGCUUGCUGGCAUGCUUGGUUUCUUUAUCGUUGGUUCAUUAUUCCAAUUUAGAUAUCAUAGAAAUAGUCAUUUUGGUCCUGGUGAUGGUUCAGUUCGUCCUGAAUCUGGAAAAAAGAGAUUCCAAUUACCAUGGAGAAAUCGUAACGCAGUUUAAAUGAAAAUAAUUACACAUUUAAUUUAAAAAGUUAGAAAAAAAAAAAAAAGUGAUAAUGGACACUAAAGUAUUUAAAAUAAAUUAAUCUAAUAACACUAAGUGUUAUCAGUGUAUCUUACAUAGGAUAAUCUUUUACUACUUAAUUUCUAUAUAAUCUUACCACAUUUUAUACCGUAUCUAUAUAUUUUAUUAUAAAAUA